AUGUUCGCAAGCUGUCACACUCUUGUUGGUAUAAGAAUUACCUCGUGCAUUUCGACCGGCAGAUACGGGCAGCCACCUUCCUGCCUAAGGAUUGAACACAUGAUAUGGAAAAAAGAAACCCAUGCUCGAAGCAAAUUUCAUGGUGAAUGGGGUUUGCAAGCAUGUAGAUGUUGGCUAUGGCUCCGAUGGGGUUCUACACACCCGGCCAACAAAACAGAGUCCUUGGCGAGCCGUUGGUUCACGACUUAA